AUUCGACGCAACACUAAUCUCUCUCUCUCUCUGCGAGUAUUCUAUUCCUAAAGAUAGUUUUGUAUAUGGGCCUUAUUACAGACAAAGCAUCAGCAUCGAUUUUGUCUUUUAAUGAACUUAUAUUUAUUGGACUUUAAGGCCCAAAUAUGCAAGGCUCAAAGACGCUAGACGCGUUUAACGUUGCUGAUCAGAAGUGGAUUAAGCUACCAACUCCGGGUGAUUCUUGCACAGAAAGAGGAGGAGCGGGUCUCGUAGUGGUUCAAGGGAAGAUAUGGGUGCUUUACGGGUUUAAUUGGGACGAGUGUGAUGAUAUUCAUUGCUUUGAUGUGAACCUGAAGGAGUGGACGAAAGUGGCGACUACUGGAGAGAAGCCUUCACCGAGGAGCGUUUUCGCUGCAGCUGCUGUGGGGAAAUAUGUUAUAGUAGUUGGAGGUGAGAUUGAGAUGGAUCCUCAGGCUCAUGUUGGUCCUGGGAAAUUGUGUGGUAAAGCUUUCUUGUUGAACACGGAAACGUUGGAGUGGAAGAAACUGGAAGAUGGAGGAGAGGAGACGCGACCAGGACCGCGUGGUUGGUGUGCAUCGACGGCUGCGACAAUCAAUGGGAAAAAAGGGAUGCUGAUGUUUGGUGGGAAGGCUCCCACAAACGACCGGUGUGAUGAUCUCUACUUCUACGCAGUGAAUAAUAAUCAGCUUGAUGACCUCAUCAAUGUGUGUGAAGGAAUACUGUGAUCAUAUAAUUAAGAAGAGAUUCGUGUGAGACGACUGAGAGUCAAUAAGACAGUUGAUGUCAAGUAUGAAAUAAAGUGUCUCUCCUUGUGAUUUGAAAGCUGUUGUGUGGUUGAAACCAUCGAAGUCUGUUUUUUAAUUAAUCAAGAGGCUGUACUGUACGUUGUUGUGGUUUGAAAGUUGGUGUGGUUUUGAAAACAUCAAAAAUACUUUAAAGAAAUGAAGAGUCUGUUGUAUCUUGUUUAAUG